GGGAUUUAAACAGGACGUCAGUCUUUCAUAGCCCAUUUGGAUAUCUUGGUCUUCAUAUAAUGCUGCUGGAUGAGUAUCAAGAGCGACUGUUCGUGGGAGGAAGAGACCUCUUGUAUUCUCUGAGUUUGGAUCGAAUCAGCGACAACUACCGAGAGAUUCAUUGGCCUAGUACACCUCUGCAGAUAGAAGAAUGCAUAAUUAAAGGAAGAGAUGCUGAUGAAUGUGCAAAUUACAUCCGUGUCCUUCACCGAUACAACAGAACACAUCUUCUGGCUUGUGGAACAGGAGCCUUUGAUCCGCUCUGUACUUUUGUUAGAGCUGGACAUCAGUCACAGGAUCAUCUGUUUCAACUGGAAUCGCACAAAUUUGAGAGAGGACGAGGCAGGUGCCCCUUUGACCCCAGUUCUUCCUUCACCUCCAUCUUAAUUGGUGGUGAACUUUUUACUGGUCUCUACAGUGACUACUGGGGAAGAGAUGCUGCUUUGUUUCGCACCAUGAAUCACAUGGCCCAUCUCCGAACUGAACCUGAUAAUGAGCGCCUGUUGAAAGAACCAAAAUUUGUUGGCUCGUACAUAAUUCCUGACAAUGAAGACCACGAUGAUAACAAAGUAUAUUUCUUCUUUACUGAAAAAUCAUUAGAGGCUGAGACAAGCACUCAUGCCAUAUAUACCAGAGUGGGACGUGUAUGUGCGAAUGAUAUGGGAGGCCAACGGAUGCUCGUGAAUAAAUGGAGUACUUUCCUCAAAACGAGGCUAGUUUGCUCUGUGCCUGGGAGAAACGGAAUUGAUACGCAUUUUGAUGAAUUAGAGGAUGUGUAUUUGCUGCAAACUCGUGAUAACAAAAAUCCGGUGAUAUUUGGCCUCUUCAAUACUACAAGCAAUAUAUUUAGAGGAUAUGCUAUAUGUGUUUACCACAUGGCAAGUGUCCGAGCAGCUUUCAAUGGACCAUAUGCUCAUAAAGAAGGACCUGAAUACCACUGGACUCUAUACGAAGGAAAAGUACCUUAUCCUAGACCUGGUUCAUGUGCCAGCAAGGUGAACGGUGGUCUGUACACUACCACUAAAGAAUAUCCUGAUGAAGCUGUUCAUUUUGCCAGGAGUCAUCCACUGAUGUAUCAGCCCAUCAAGCCUGUUCAUAAGAGACCAAUACUAGUUAAAACAGAUGGAAAGUACAAUCUUAAACAAAUUGCAGUGGACAGAGUGGAAGCUGAAGAUGGGCAAUAUGAUGUCUUGUUCAUCGGCACAGAUAAUGGAAUUGUAUUGAAAGUCAUUACAAUUUACAAUCAAGAGACAGAAUCUAUGGAAGAAGUGAUUCUUGAAGAACUGCAAGUAUUCAAGGUGCCAGUUCCUAUUAUUUCAAUGGAAAUCUCUUCAAAAAGGCAACAGCUCUACGUUGGAUCUGAGUCAGUCAUAGUACAAGUGAAGUUCCAUCAGUGUGACAUGUACGGCACCGCCUGUGCGGACUGCUGCCUUGCUCGAGAUCCGUACUGUGCUUGGGAUGGUAUCUCCUGCUCCCGAUACUAUCCCACAGGAAUGCAGGCAAAGAGACGUUUCCGCAGACAAGAUGUUCGACACGGAAAUGCAGCACAGCAGUGCUUUGGCCAACAGUUCAUUGGUGAAGUCCUAGAGAAGACUGAGGAACGACUUGUUUAUGGAAUAGAGUACAACAGCACUCUUCUGGAGUGCACCCCUCGGACCUUACAAGCAAAAGUAAUCUGGUUUGUCCAGCGAGCACAUGAAACUAAGAAGGAAGAGGUAAAUAUUCUUAUAUACUAA